AUGGCUUCUAAUAAAAUUCUUCUAUUAGGGCUUCUUGCAUUCGCCUGCUCUCUUGCCAUGGCUGAUCAUAGUCCUCUUCAAGAUUUCUGUGUGGCUGACCCCAGCAACGCAGUUGUAGUGAAUGGCUUGGCAUGCAAGGACCCAAAGCAGGUUCAAGCCAGUGAUUUCUUCUUUAGUGGGCUUCACCUAACAGGCGACACAUCGAACCCCGUGGGUUCAAAGGUGACCCCAGUCACAGUAGCUCAAUUACCAGGGCUAAACACUCUAGGCAUCUCCAUGGCUCGCAUAGACUUUGCACCAUGGGGUAUCAAUCCUCCACACACUCACCCAAGGGCUACUGAAAUCUUGACUGUUCUGGAGGGUAGCCUUGAAGUGGGGUUUGUGACUUCUAACCCAGAAAAUCGUCUCAUUACAAAAGUAGUUAAUAAGGGUGAUGUGUUUGUGUUCCCUGUGGGUCUCAUUCACUUCCAGAGAAACGUUGGCUAUGGGAAAGCUGUUGCCAUUGCUGGACUCAGCAGCCAAAACCCUGGUGUCAUCACCAUUGCCAAUGCGGUGUUUGGGUCGAAGCCUGACAUUUCCGGUGAUAUUCUUGCCAAGGCUUUCCAAGUUGAUAACAAUGUUAUUUCUCAAAUCCAAGCUAAGUUCUAAACAGUCUUCUAGAUGACAAAUUCAAAGAAUCA